GCGGCGGCUGUUCCCCGCGUCCCGCCGCCGCCGGCCUGCUGCCGCCGCCUUCUCCGCAUCUGCCGAGCCAUCCCGGGUCCGGGCGCUGGUCUAUGAGCACCACGGGGACCCAGCCAAGGUCGUCGAGUGUACAGCCUUUGCCUCAAAGGAGCCAUUGUGACCUUAUCCAGUGUGGGAUCUGUCGAAUGAAGGCAGAGGCAUCCCUCCGAGUCGCGUGGCGCCACUACUCACAGGGGAAGGGACUGAACAGUCUUGGGAAAGUGACUUGAGAUCCAGCCAGGCUGUGUUUGGGUGCCUCCUUUGCACUCCGUAACACAGCCACCACUUCCUUUGAGGUAUAGCCAGCUGUUUCAAAGGUUUCCUUGGAUAUUCCCACCUCUGACAACAGCUGCCAUUUCUUCAGCAUCUCCUGUGUAUCAGACUGAGGAGCCUGGAGCUGGCUGCUGUGGGCGGAUCCGACGUCCAUGUGAAGAUGCUGGCGGCCCCUGUCAAUCCAUCUGACGUUAAUAUGAUCCGAGGCAAUUAUGGCCUCCUUCCCAAGCUGCCUGCUGUUGGAGGGAAUGAAGGUGUUGGACAGGUCGUAGCAGUGGGCAGCAGUGUGACCGGGGUGAAGCCAGGAGACUGGGUGAUUCCAGCGAAUGCUGGUUUGGGAACCUGGCGGACCGAGGCUGUUUUCAGCGAGGAAGCGCUCAUCUCGGUUCCGAGUGACAUCCCUCUUCAGAGCGCUGCCACCCUGGGCGUCAAUCCCUGUACGGCCUACCGGAUGCUGAUGGACUUUGAGCGGCUGCGGCCAGGGGAUUCUGUCAUCCAGAAUGCAUCCAACAGUGGAGUGGGGCAAGCAGUCAUCCAGAUCGCCGCAGCCCUGGGACUGAGGACCAUCAACGUGGUCCGAGACAGACCUGACAUCCAGAAGCUGACCGACAGACUGAAGAAUCUGGGGGCCCAUCAUGUUGUCACAGAAGAGGAACUAAGAAAACAUGAGAUGAAAAACUUCUUUAAGGACGUGCCCCAGCCUCAGCUUGCUCUCAACUGUGUCGGCGGGAAAAGCUCCACGGAGCUGCUGCGGCACUUGGCGCCUGGAGGAACCAUGGUGACCUAUGGGGGGAUGGCCAAGCAGCCUGUCAUCGCCUCUGUGAGUCUGCUCAUUUUUAAGGAUCUCAAACUUCGGGGCUUUUGGUUAUCCCAGUGGAAGAAGGACCACAGUCCAGACCAGUUCAAGGAGCUGAUCCUCACGCUGUGCGAUCUCAUCCACCGAGGCCAGCUCACGGCCCCUGCCUGCUCUGAGGCCCCACUGCAGGACUACCAGCGUGCCCUAGAAGCGUCCAUGCAGCCUUUCGUGUCUUCCAAGCAGAUCCUCACCAUGUGAUGUGAUAAUCCCAGAGGAGCCGGAACCACGUGGGAGGGGAGGCGGACCAGCAGGACUGGUUUCGGCCCCCCAGUUGGGGCCUCCGCCUUCCGCAGGCCGCUCCUCUCCCCACUGUCACUUCUGAGUCGGAGAACUGCGAGGCCAGCCAAGGCUUUCCCUGGGGCCAGCCUCCGGGUAUCUAAUAAAGUCCGAACUCCCUAAAAAACCAAACAAACAAAAACCAAUAGGAGUCACCCCUAAUAAGAAGGACCAUCCCUUGCCAGCUCCCAGCACUAGAAGCCCCCCUUGCCCACCCUCACCUGUCCUCCAGCCAUCACUUCCUGACCGCUCUGAAAGCAAAGCCUUGGCGGGGCUGGCAGGUACAAAAGCCAGUAAAACAGGUCUCUGCCCUCAAGCCCUCCAAGCCCACAGAGGAGAAUCUUCUAAAAAGGAAAGUUUGACUCAAUCUCAGGUGGCCUUCGGCUCAAUCUGGGACAGGGGGAGGAUCAGCUCCACAGAGGAGUGAAUGCCAGGCUGAGAAAGCAAGGAAAUGGGGUCUCAGGUGCCUGGACCAGCCUCAUGGAACUUCCAUUCUAACUGGGGAGAUAGACGUUACACCAGUGGUUCUCAACCUGAGCUCAUUUGACCCCCAGGGGACGCUGUGGUUAUCAUAAUUGAGGGGGUGCUGCUAGUGCCCAGUGAGCAGAGGUCAGUGAUGCUGCUACAGCAUCCUGCAGUGCACGGCACAGCCUCCCUCAGCAAGGGCUUAUCCAGCCCAGAUGUCCACAGUGCCGCCGUUGAGAAACCCCGCGUCCAACCCCUGGUCCCACGACAGUUACCAUAGUGAUGAGUGUGCAAAAGAAGACACGCGUGAGGUGCUGUGAGCGCCUAACCAAGGUCCUGUCCUAGGCCUCCCUGAGGUGAAGCUGGAAAGUGGGCCCUGAAAAAUGAGUAGCUUUAUUCAGACAAAGAGAAGAGUUUGACACUAUGUGAGUUUUUGGUGUUUGCUUCAUGAUCCACUCACUCAAAGCAAAGAACUAGAGGCUUUGGGGUGUCUCCCUCAUCAUCUGGCCCUCUGUCCCUGAGCUGUAGAGCCUCACUGCGGGGGAACUUACUGAGAGCCUAGCAUGUGCCUGAGGCCAGGGCUGCCCGUGAGUGACGUGGGGCUGGCCCGCAAGUAGCUAAGCCUAGUGCACAGCAUACUCAUGAGGCUGCUGAUACGGAGGUGUUGGAGGGCCGUGGAGACACGGCAGCUCUGCCUGAGGGUUUAAGGAAGGCCUCCCAGAGGAAGUAUGGUCACAGCCAAUCUUAAGGCCCAGCAGGAGAAGGUGUACCAAGCAAAGCCAACAGCACUCGUGAGAGUCUGGCGGCCCUGGAGAGCCUAGCAGUCGGGGAACUGCCCACAGGCAAGUAUAGCUGCUGCCUAGGACGUGGGGGGAGUAUGAAGACUGAGAUGGGAACAGUGGGCCGCAGUCAGAGCAGGAAGGCUCAGGACUUGCCCCCAAGACAUGGGGGAGGCACUGAGGGAUUUUAGGCAGUGGAGAGAUGUGGAAAACUGGCUCUGAAGGCUAGUUGCAUGCCAGCACAUACCUGGGCCCCGGCAUCAUCCUCUUGCCUUCAGGAGCAUCUUGUGUGUCCUCUGGAGAAAAGGACUCGGCUUCAGCCUGGGGCUGGGAAAGGUCUACAGGUGCCCUCUGGGUAAGAUUUGCCACCUGGUACACCUGGGCUCAGAAUCAGCCCCAACUCACCCAAGUCCCUCCCAUUCUGUAUCCUCAAGGUUAGUGGGAUGGAUGAUUUGUGCAGAUGGUCAAUGUGGGAAAGUGCAAAAAGCCUGAGAGGGAGCGGGAGGCUGCCCAAAGCCUACAGGAGUCAAAGUUAGGAUUAGUUCCUGCAGGGGGACUCCACAGGGUUGGGCUUAGGGGAUGUGAUGAGCCUGCAGCCAUGGAGAAGGAUCGGGCCCCUGGUAGAGACUCAGAGUGGGCAGACAGGUGGGAGGAAGGUUCUUAACACCACGUCACGGUUAGAGACCUCGGGGGUGUGCAGAGUGUCCCGGGAAUAGUACCUCUGGGGGUCUGGAGCUGAUUUUUUUUUUUUUUUUUUUUUUGGCUGCUCCGUGUGGCAUGAGGGAUCUUAGUUCCCCGACCAGGGAUCAAAGUCAUGGCCCCUGCAUUGGGGGCGCGGAGUCUUAACCACUGGACCGCCAGGGAAGUCCUUGGAGCUGACGUUGGGCUUUAAAGGAUGAUAAUAUUUUCUCAGGCAGGGGAGGGAGACAAGCAUUACAGACUAAGGGACCAGACUAAGUUAUAGAGGCAGAACAUUUAUGUCAGAAUCUUCUCGUUUUCCCCAAAUACCAUUCUACUGCUAAGAAUUAAAACUGAUGACUCUUAGGCGGGCACAUGGUGGGCUGGAAUAAACACUGUUUCCCUGCCUCCCUUGCAGCUGACAAGAUCUGGCCCAUGUGAUGUAAGCAGAGGUGCUAGGUGUCCAUUUCUUAGGAACCUCUUUAAAAUAUAGCUGGCAUCCAUCCUGUACCCUUUCCUUCGCCUUUCACCAUCCUCCUGGCUGGGAUACAAACAUGGAAUUUUCACAGCCAUCUUUGACCAUGUUGAGAAUGGGACAGCAACAAGAUCAAAGGAGCCUGGGUCCCUGAGACCCAGAAACGCUGACUGCCCACCUGAGGACUUGAGAAAUAAGCUUCUGUGUUAUUUAUUUAAGCCCCUAGUGUUUGGGCUUUCUCUGAACCUAAUCAUAAAUGAUACAUAUUCUAUGAUUUAAUUUA